UCACAGGACUUGUCCGCUUCUACUCCUCCAUCGCCAACACCCAUCCCCAGCCUAGGGUUUCCGCUCGACCGCCGACUCGUCUCUCCGGCUGGUCACUCUCGGGUGCCCACCUUGCAAGUUAAGCCUUCUAAGCUCCCCUUUUUAUUUAUCACUCAACCACUCGGCUCCUCCCUAACCUACUCUCUACUGGCAGAUGCAACAUCGUCCGCCACGGCCACGGUACGGCCGCGGCGGCGGAGGUGGCGGAGGCGGAGGCGGUGGCGCUGCUCCUCCUCGCGGCGGUGGGGGAAGCUUCUUUCCUACCACCAUCAAUCCUACUCUCCAUAACCUCAAUCUCCCCUUCGUCCCCAAUCUCCAGUACCACGUAAACCCUACCAACCUCCCCCAGCACCACCUCCAAAACCCUAGUUUCCCCAUCCACGCCAAUUCCUUCAUCACCCAAAACCCUGGUCCCACGCCCAGCGCCGCCCAGCAAGCUCUGCUGGAGAGGGCCGAGGCCGCCGCGGCGAAGGCUCACGAGGAUCUCCUCUCGGCCGGAGAGACCGUGUCGGCGUGGAAGGUGUCGCAGGCGGUUCUUGCCUCACUGAAGGCCGAUUCUUGGAGCUCGCUAGGGUUUCAGCUUCAGGAUGUCCGGCGUAUUCGCGAGCUUUUUGCGAAGGAGGGAAAGGUGAAUACUUUCAUACACUGCUUUGUUGCGGCACAUCAAAUCACAUCACUAUAUGACUUGGAGGCCGAGAUAUGCAAGAAUGAGGGCAUUCAGCGGUUUGAUGAGCUCAGGUUGGGACCUCUUUCCUGCUACCCACUUGUUGUGCAUUACUUUUCAGUUAAUUCGGAGUCAGUGGAGGUGUUCAAAAUAAGUACUGAGGAAAUUAUUGGGUUUUUGCACACCUUUAUGAGCAAGUCCAAGACGAAGAUUAAUGUGGAGGAGUUUUUGGAUUUUGUUGCUAAAGAGAAGUCUGUUGCAAAAAAGGAGAAGCUUGGUGUGCGGAUUCAGAGUUUGGGGUUGCAUAUUUCGUAUAUUCGCCAGGCCAAGAGAACCAAAGCCAAUGCUCUCAAGGACUCAGUGAAGCAAUAUACUUACUACAGUGGAGAUACUGAUUUGUCAGAAGAUAAGCGUUUUCAUGUGGAAAAGCAAAUUCUUGACAACAGGUUUGAUUUUAUGACUAAACGUGUCAAAUCAUUUUCUUCUACAUGGGGUGAUUUUGGUUCUAAACACAUCCGCUUUGAUUCUACGGAUGAUGAGCCUGACUACGACGACAGUAGUGAUGAUGGGGGUGAUAAUGCCACUCACUGCCAGCAUCCGAGUACCUUUUCUAACAAGGAAAGAGAUAAACGUGUAAGUAGCUGUCCUUAUCCAUCGACGACGGAAGAGAUGGUUCGGCUUGGGUUGAAAGCUGAAGCAAAUAAAAAAGCAGCUCCUGCGAAUCGUAAGUUAAUGGGGAGUAGUAUUAAAACUUCCUCUGGAAAGAGAAGGAAAAGGAAAUCUGAGGAAGAGAGGGACAACUCUGGUCGAUUAUGCAAAGUCGCCAAAAAGGAACAAGUUGAACUUGAUGAUCAGGGAAAAUUGUAUGGUUUUACUAUCACAAAGGAUAAAAUGGAGACAUUUGUAGCAACCUGGAAAGAAGCAUGCCGUGAACAUUCUGUUGCUAAGGUCCUUGAUCUGAUGCUGAAGUUCUAUACAGAAACUCCUGGAAAAAGGAAGAAAAAGUCUUUCUCGUCGUACCCUGGCAUUGGAUUGCUUAAUGUUGCUGUUAUGGCCAUGAAAAGUGGAAUGUUGAAUAGUCUUUAUGAUGCCUUCCAAAAUUUUGGCGAAACUGGAUUAACUAAUCCAAGUUCAGCGACCUCUUCUAAGCUGAUAGAAAUCAGCCCUCCGACUAAUGAAAAUACUACCUAUGAUACUUUGGAGAGCACAGGUGUCACAGUUGAUGAUAUCAUCACCAAAGUUUCUGACUAUUUUGAGUGUAAUAAUUUAAUCCCAAGAGAAAAAGACUCACAUUUGGAGCACAAACUGCUGUCCUUAGAGAAGUUUCAUGAUUGCGAGAUGUGGGUGGCAAAUCAAUUUUCUAUCAAGCAAUUUAGUUCUCUUGGUUAUGGAAACUUCCUUGUGUUUUUGGAGAAGUAUGCUUCUAGACUACCAUUCUCGUUAUCUAUUUCUAUAAGUAGGAGACUUGGUAGUCCAUCUUCUUUGGAAGUCUCCAUGCUUCAGAAACAGCUUUGCGUUUUUCUCUCACAAGCUGAGACCAACUGGUUAGGCGAUGGUGUUGUUGCUAACAAUGAUAUAUUAAAGCUUUUCCAGAAGCAAUUCCCAACAUUAAGUUUCCAUCUGGUGGGAGAUGAAUGUGAGAAAUGCCUUUGCGAUUAUAUUAGAGUGCAGAAAGAAAGCGAAAAGCCAAAUAAUGUUCUUUUCUCCGUCACCUUGUUAGGGAAAAAAUGGAUAGGUAAUUCAUCAGAAUGCUAUGAUAUACCUACGUUAGAAGUUGCAGAUUUAAACUGUGAAGUCAAUGGCCAAUCUUAUUCUGGUAGAGAAGUCACCUCACAAGAAGCAAUUGACUGCUUGCUUAAGGCACCAAUGUUGUCAGAUUUAAUGUUCUGGUCACAUUGGGAUGCUGUAUAUGCUCCCUCACUUGGUUCACUCUUAGAAUGGUUGCUGAACAAAGUCCAUGUUAGAGAGUUAGCGUGUAUAGCAACAAGGGAUGGGAAGUUCAUUAAGGUUGAUUCUUCGGUCACUGUUGAUCAGUUUUUAGAAGCUUUUAUUCAGCGCUCUUCAUUCCAGGUAGCAGUCAAAUUAUUAUCCAUCUUAUACUUGUACAAUGGCACCAAGAAUGUGCCACUAUCCCUUCUUAAGUGCUAUGCCCAGCGAGCAACUGAUGUGAUAAUAAAUAGCUCAAAUGAUCCACCAGAUUUAAUAAAUGCAAAUGGGAGCUUGCGCAAGAAUUUAUCAGAAAUCGAUAAUGCUGUUAGCUCAGUGGCAAGGUUUAUACUUGAAUGUCUCAGCCACUUACCUUCAGAAUUCUUGAGUUUUGCUGCAGAGAUACUGCUUGCAGGACUUAAACCUUUUGCGAAAAAUGCUUAUUUGGCUCUACUAACUGAGAGUAGUGGUACAUACCAACGUUCCAUGCUUCAUGACAUUGGAUUAUCACUAGGAAUAACGGAAUGGAUCAACGAUUACUAUGAGUUCAGUUCAACAGCAGUUGCCGAUUUAAUCAGGAAGCAAGACGCUUCUUUGUCUUCUUCAUCUGACAUGGAGUUAAAUAAAACAUCAGUUGUUUCUAGUGUCUCAGUUCAUUCGUUUCUGACAGGUCAGAACUAUGAAUCUUCCAGUGAGGUCAUAGGAAGAAGGAGAAGGAAAACAGAUUCCUCUUUAGCUGAUGGGCACAAUGAAGCAUUUGAUGUUGGUGGAAGAAUUGUUACUAGAGCAGCUAUUGAUAUACCUAGCAUGUUGGAAGAUAAGAAUCUCGAAGAGGCGAAUAUGAUAAUCGAGUCCAUUAGACGUGAAGAAUUUGGUUUAGACCCAAAUCUUACCUAUUCUGAGAACUGCUUGCUGAAGAAGCAGCAUGCUCGCCUUGGUAGAGCACUUCAUUGUCUCUCACAGGAGCUAUAUUCUCAGGAUUCACAUCUUCUUCUUGAGCUUGUACAAAAUGCUGACGACAAUAUUUAUGCGGAAGAUGUGGAGCCAACAUUAGUAUUCAUUCUUCAGGAGGCUGGUAUUGUUGUCUUAAAUAAUGAACAGGGAUUCUCUGCUCAAAAUAUCAGAGCACUUUGUGACAUAGGAAACUCAACAAAGAAAGGAUCAAAUGCGGGAUACAUCGGUCACAAAGGCAUUGGAUUCAAAUCGGUCUUUCGGGUGACCGACGCUCCAGAGAUUCAUUCUAGGGGCUUUCAUAUCAAGUUUGAUAUAACUGAAGGUCAAAUUGGUUUUGUUUUGCCAACUACAGUUUCACCUUGUGACAUCAGCUUGUUUAGUAGGUUGUUAUCUGCUGAGGAUUACCAAAGUGAUCACCCCUCUUGGAACACCUGUAUUUUACUUCCGUUCAGAGCUAAAUUUCUUGAUGGCACAGGCAUACGUUCCAUCAUAUCAAUGUUUUCUGAUCUCCAUCCUUCUUUGUUACUCUUCCUUCAUCGCCUUCAAUGUAUCAAGUUCAAGAAUUUGCUUAAUGAUUCAAUUCUGGUUAUGAGAAGAAUCUCUCUUGGUAAUGGCAUUGUUAAAGUUUCUCAUGGCAAUAAGACAAUGACUUGGUUGGUAGUAAAGAAGACGCUAGAGUGUAGUAUCAUCCGCCAUGAUGUGCAAACUACAGAAAUUGACAUGGCCUUCACUCUUCAGGAAUCUGACAAUGGUGAGUAUCGGCCUCAUCUUACUCAACAGCCGGUUUUUGCUUUUCUUCCUUUGAGAAAUUACGGUUUAAAAUUUAUUAUUCAAGGAGAUUUUGUUUUACCUUCUUCAAGAGAAGAAGUAGAUGGGGACAGUGCGUGGAACCAGUGGUUGUUAUCCCAACUCCCUUCUCUCUUUGUUGGUGCAGAAGAAUCCUUCUGUGCUCUCCCUUGUUUCCAGAAGAACCCAGGAAAAGCUAUCACAGCCUUUAUGAGCUUUGUUCCGCUUGUGGGGGAAGUUCAUGGAUUUUUCUCUCAGCUUCCUCACAUGAUAAUCUCCAAGUUACGUGCAACAAGCUGCUUGGUUUUAGAUUCUCCAGAUUUAAAAUGGGUUCAUCCAUGCAGUGUUCUCAGAGGUUGGGAUCCGCAGGCACGCAUGCUGUUAUCUGAUAGCUUACUUGAGAAACACCUCGGGAUUGGCUUUCUAAGUAAGGAUGUCAUUUUAUCUGACUCAUUAGCCAAAAACCUUGGUAUUCAGGAUUAUGGACCCAAAAUUUUAUCUGAUAUCAUGCUAUCUAUAUGUUGCAUUGAUGGUGGCAUUAAGUCAAUGGGUCUGGAUUGGCUGUCUGCUUGGCUUGUUACGCUUCACUCAACACUUUUAGCCUACUCCUCUGGGAAUAUAUCUUCAUAUACUAGUUUGGAAAGUGAUAUUAUAUCUUGUCUCAGAAAAAUUCCGUUCAUUCCACUUUCAGAUGGCUCAUAUAGCUCUGUUUCUGAUGGCCCUAUAUGGUUACCUUGUGAUGUUUUGUCUAUUGGACUUGAAGGUAAACAUAGUGUCAAAGAUUUCCCUGGAUUGUAUGCCAAACUUCGAAUUAUUAGUCCUCUCCUCCUCUCAGCAGUGGCUACAACUGAUACAUAUACAAUGGAAGAGAUUAGAGUGGACAAACUAAUGGAGAUUCUGCAUAAAGUUGGUGUGCAAAAGUUAUCUGCUCAUGAAAUUAUAAUGAGUCAGAUCUUAGUGGCCUUAUCUGAGGAUAUACGCACUAAAAAUGAGGACCAGAGUGUGAUGAUUGAAUAUUUAUCAUUCAUUAUGCUUCACUUCCAAAGUCCCUGUGCAAGUUGCCAUACUGAAAAACCAGACAUCAUCUCAGAACUUCGCAGAAAACCUACUUUGUUAACAAAUCAUGGAUACAAGUGCCCAAGUGAUGAACCAAUACACUUUGGUAAAGAAUAUGGAAAUCCCAUUAAUAUAGCAAAGCUAGUUGGUGCUUUGGAUAUUAAAUGGAUUGAACUUGAUGUUGCCUAUUUGAAGCAUCCUAGUACUCGGUCAUUACCAUUUGGUUCAACAAGGUGGAGGGAAUUCUUCCAGGAACUGGGUGUCACUGAUUUUGUUCAAGUAAUCCGUGUUGAAAAAAGGGCUUCUGAUGUCAUUUGCACUUCUGACUGUGAUCUUUCCACAUCAGCAUCUGUCGUUAAUGAUUGGGAGUCACCUGAGCUGGUUAACAUGCUGUCUCUCUUUUCUUCAAAGAAAUAUCGGAAAAUUUCUAUUUAUCUUCUUGAGGUCCUUGAUAAAUUCUGGGAUGAUUGUUAUAGUGCUUAUGCUAGAAUUUGUAUUACUUCAGUAGAUAGUGAGGACAAGGGUACCAUUGAGUCUUCACUUCUUAAGAGUAUAUGCAAAAUGAGGUGGAUAGGGUCUAGUAUGGAUGAGGAGCUUCACUAUGCGAAAGAUUUGUAUUAUGAUUGUGAAAGUGUACGCUCUCUUUUAGGAAACAUGGCACCAUAUGCUGUUCCAAAGGUGAGUAGCAAAUUGUUUUUGAAUGACGUUGGACUGAAAACACAAGUAUUACCAGAUGAUGCUUUGAUAAUUCUCAAUUCUUGGAGUAUUUCUAAAGGUCCUUUUCGUGCAAGUAUCUUACAGAUGUCGAACCUCUACACCUUUAUCUCAAACAGCGUUGCCGUUUCAAAGGUGAAUAUGAAUUUGCAGUUCUUAUCAAGUGCUUUCAUCUUUGUUCCAUUUCUUGGUGCUCCAUCCAAUGAAGUUGUUUCUGGUGCAUUCCUGACUCCGAAAGACGUGUACUGGCAUGAUCCUACUGGUUGUUUUGAUAUGGCAAAGAAAUAUAGCACAGUAGAAAAGACUAGUUGCUUUCUGUCUAAGAUGUUGGCAGCAGUGUAUCCAAGCCUUCAUGAAUUUUUUGUAAAAGUUUGCGUUGUGCCUGAUGUUCCUCCAUUUUGUAGCUAUGUUGAUAUAUUACAACAGUUAUCAAGUGUUGCAUUGCCUUCACAAGCAGCUUAUUCAUUUUUUCGCGUGCUAGUUCGAUGGGCUGAUGACCUAAAUUCUGGAAUAGCAAAGUCUGAAGAUAUCUUAUAUUUGAAAGAGAUACUUCAGAAAUGGGAAAGCGCAAUACUCCCAACUUUGCAGGAUAAAUGGGUCUCUCUCCACCAUUCUUUCGGUCUCAUAUGCUGGGCUGAUGAUGAGGAAUUGAAGCAGCAAUUUAAGAAUUCUCAUGGUGUGGACUUUUUACAGUUUGGUGAACUUAGUACUGAAGAUAAGGAAGUGCUUGCUGGAAAAGUCGCCAAACUAAUGGACAGUUUAGGUAUCUCAGCUCUUUCGAAGGUCGUAUCAAAGGAAGCAAUAAUUUAUGGUAUGGAAGACAAUAAAUCAAAAGUUUGUCUAAUAGAUUGGGUACUUCCGUAUGCUCAGCGCUAUAUUUUUAAGUCGUAUCCAGCUGUAUACCUCAACAUGAAGCAACUUGGGUUCAACAAACUUAGCCAACUGCAGAUUGUCGUCGUUGAGAAGUUAUAUUACAAACAUACUUUGAGAGGGCAUGAGAGCUCUUCAAGGAAGCGAUUUGAAUGCAGCUGUCUUUUGCAGGGAAACACUUUAUACGCAACAUCGAGUUCAGAUUCACACUCCAUGUUUUUGGAGCUUUCCCGUUUCUUCCUCGAUGGGUCUUCUGAACUUUGUUUUGCAAAUUUCCUACACAUGGUUACGACCAUGGCCGAGUCUGGCGCCACCAGUGAGCAGGUGGAAUUUUUUAUUGUAAAUAGUCAGAAUAUUCCAAAGCUACCUGAUGAAGAACCUAUUUGGUCCCUUCAAACUUUGACAAGAUCUCAUGAUAGCAGAAAUCCCGGGCCAAAUCAUGUUCCUCCGGUUCCAAGUGAACAGAACACUGUGACACCUAAAAGAAGACCAGGCAUUAUUAAAAGUUGGCCACCAGCUGACUGGAAAAGUGCCCCAGGUUUUGAUAGUAUUUAUUCCUUCCCAGGGCCAACACCAAACGGUGAAGGCUCAUCAAAAGAGCUCGGCAAACCUCUAGAAACUUCUGCCCAUGUUAAAGAUUUUCCAGAUCCAGUUCAGAUUGAGGGCGAUUGGAUCAUAGAGGAAGCAUCAGUACCUACAUGCACAUCAGGUUGUGAUGCAGCUAAAGAGGAGCCUUGCUCAGUGGAAUCUGUUGAUUCUACUGGUAACCUGAUCGCUUUAAACUUGGAUCUGGGAAGUGUAUUGAGUGGCCUGGGGACUACGGGUGGCUUAGGUAAGCACUUUUCUAAGCCAGCAGAAUUUCCAGAGAGAGAUUUUCUCCAUUUGCCAACUCCGGACGAACAGUCUCGCAAAACAGGUAGAAUAGGGGAAUUUGUAGCUUACAAGUACUUUUCUGAAAAGCUGGGAUCAGAGACUGUAAAGUGGGUAAAUGGAGAGAGAGAGACCGGUUUACCUUACGAUCUGAUUAUCGGUGACGAGGAAGAGGGCAAAGAGUAUAUCGAGGUCAAAGCCACAGUAUCUGUAAAGAAAGACUGGUUUGCUAUAUCCAUGAGGGAAUGGCAGUUCGCAGUGGAGAUGGGCGAUUCGUUCAGUAUUGCUCAUGUCGUGUUGUCGGGUCCGAAGAAAGCAAGCAUAACGGUGCUGAGGAAUCCAUUCAAACUUUGCCAGCAAUAUUCGCUGCGUCUCGCCAUUCUGAUGUCGAGGCAGCUCAGAGAGUCGCAGGUGGCUGCCUAGAUUCAUUCCUCUUUUCAUGUUGGAGCUUACUUGGUCACUAAUAUUGGAAAGUGAAUGGGCUCCAUAUAUGCCAGUGAAGAUUGCAGAGUCUCCACUGUCGCAGUUCAUUAUUGGAUUUGGCCGAAUGGACCUCUUUUCUUCAUCCAGCUGCUCGCAACGCGGUCAGUGGUUGCAAAUUUUGACUUUUAAGAGAAUCGAUUCAGUCAUUCUUGGCGGUAAUAGUAAUUCGGCUGAUAGACAACAGCAGCAGCGUUCUACAAGUCGGUGAAGGCAUAUAUUCCUAACAUUAAAGAUGGCGUAAACUACAACAGUUUGCUCUCUUAUUAUAGUAAAAACUAAAAUUCAUUGAGAAUCGUAAAGGAGGAGGCAUGGCUAGCAGAUUUUUCACAACGUCAUGUGGUUAACCCCUGAUAUUUUAUUGGCUAAUAUGACCUAAACCAAUGUGACAUUCAUCUCAUGAUGCUGAUCAUCACGCUUGGCCCUCGUGUGGAUAUACAGAUAUUUUAUUCGAGCUUUUUUCAAAUUUAUGCAAGAAAUAUGUAGGAUGUGAUUGAAGCAUGAUUAAAAUUUUAAAGUAAAUAUACAACUCAGUUUUAAGUUA